UCAGAGCGGAUUAAACUGAGCGUCUGUUCCAUCUGGAUCUUUAUUGGCUUUGGGGGGAAAGAAGAACCAGAACAUGUCUGAUGGAUGAUGGAGACGUGUCUUCUCUGGUUUUAGCGGAUGUUUAAGUUGAUGAAGAUGAAGAAGAGGAGGCAGAGAUAGACGCUGCUGCUGCUGCUGGAGGAGGAGGAGGACCGGACAUGGAGCCGAGGAGAGGAGGGAGCGUGGAUGAGCUCUGGGCUGAACUCAGAGCGCUCUCCUCGGAGCUCAGAGACCGGGGGCUGUGACCGACCGGGAUGGAGAAUGCCAGCCAGCUCAAACCGACGCCCGCCAUCUACGGAGAGCUGUUGAACAUCUCCAGCGCCGCCGGCAGCCAUGCCAACUUCACGACGCAAGCGGCGGAGAAGGACCCGAACCUGGCUCUCCAGGCGGGUCUGGCCGUGACCUUAGCCCUCAUCACUCUCGCCACGACGCUCUCCAACGCGUUCGUCAUCGCCACCAUCUACCAGUCCCGGAAGCUGCACACGCCCGCCAACUUUCUGAUCGCGUCGCUGGCGGUGACGGACCUGCUGGUGUCCAUCCUGGUGAUGCCCAUCAGCGCGCUCUACACGGUGAGCCAGACGUGGACGCUGGGGCAGGUGGUGUGCGACAUCUGGCUGUCCUCCGACAUAACGUGCUGCACCGCGUCCAUCCUCCACCUGUGCGUAAUUGCGCUGGACCGCUACUGGGCCAUCACGGACGCGGUGGAGUACUCCAAGAAGCGCACGCCGGGGCGCGCCGCCGGGAUGAUCGCCACCGCCUGGGUGAUCGCCAUCUCCAUCUCCCUGCCGCCCUUCUUCUGGCGCCAGGUGAAGGCGGAGGAGGUGACGAGCUGCAACGUGAACACGGACCACAUCUUCUACACCAUCUACUCCACGUUCGGCGCCUUCUACAUCCCCACGCUGCUGCUCAUCGCGCUCUACGGGAGGAUCUACGUGGAGGCGCGCAAGCGCAUCCUCAAGCAGUCGCACGGCAAGCCCGGGAAGAGGCUCACCUCGGCGCACCUGAUCACCAACUCCCCCGGCUCCGUGGCGUCCACCACCUCCCUCAACUACGGGACGAACGACAGCUCCUCCUGCGACACUACCUCGUCCGUGGGCCAGGUCAAAGUCACCGUGUCCGACGCGCUCCUGGAGAAGAAGCGCAUCUCCGCGGCGCGGGAGAGGAAGGCCACCAAGACCCUGGGGAUCAUCCUGGGGGCGUACAUCGUGUGCUGGCUCCCGUUCUUCAUCUACACCCUCCUAGUGCCUGUCUGCGACGCCUGCUUCCACCCGGAGCUGUUCGACAUCUUCACGUGGCUGGGUUACCUCAACUCCCUCAUCAACCCCAUCAUCUACACCAUGUCCAACGAGGACUUCAAGCAGGCCUUCCACAAACUCAUACGGUUCAGAUGCUGCAGGGCAUGAACCACAUCACCAGCCUCCGCCCUCUUUCUCCUUUAAGUCAUGAGUACAAUCCUAGAGUUGAAUCAAACCCCCUCUGUCUCCCCCCGGUUCAUCCCUGACCACAGGGGUCACAUGCUCCGUGGUGAUGAGCUGAUGGAUGGUGCGCAGGACACUUUGAAACCAGUGGAUUUAAAAAAAAAAAAAAAAAAAAAAAGGAACAUGUGGAUUGUUCUGAGGUGGAGACUCACUCACUUCUUCACCAUAAGAGUUUGACUUGAAAGCACAAAAACAGCUGAAGCUGACCCAGAGCCCCACGGGCAAAAAAGAAUCAAAUAAUAAUAAUGAUAAUAAUAAUAUUAGUGUUUCAUUUUCCUGACUCAAUAAGGGGAAAUACUGGUGCCUACAACAACUUCGGUUCCUCAGACUCGUGUGGCCCCGACAGGGAGCAUGAGUUCAUAGUUUGAGGAAAAAGGAUUUUCUUUCGUUGCUGGCGGCCGGCGUUUCUUUUUCUUUGGCUGACUUCAAACACAGACCGAGUGUAAAUGUGCUUUCGUUUACUUCCAUUUGAAAAGAAGAGGCUUCACACGUGUAAAAUAGUCCCAAACUGAAUCUAUCUGCCACAUCUUAAUUGUUAAUAUCAGCUUCACUAUUUCAUAUCAGGGCUCAGGCUGAUCCUCCACAUCCUAAACACACUUUCUACAAGAUCAUACAUAUAGUUGUUGUUUGCUUUUUUUUUUUUUAAAUGCCACAUUUUUAUCAGAAUCAGCGCAGAACGUCGUAAAUGUCAGACUGAUGCUCAAAACAGGAUCUGAAGACACACAAAAAAUAAAAAUUCAGUGCUGAGGUUCACGAUGUUUGUUGGAUUUUCAGACUGAAGCUUAUUUUAAACUUCUGCAGCAGAUAAACACGGAGUUUGUGUCGUAGCUGGUCUCAGACACAGAGUUGAUUUAUUUAUUUAUUUAUUUAUUUGGUGUGAAGGCUUCGCCAAAUGAUGUCGACUGGAAGGUAGAUCGAGUCUAAAAUAAUGCUCUUUAUUUUAAAGAACUAGACUAGAAAGCUAAGAGGAGCUACUGUUAGCUGGGAGGCUAGGAAGAGCUGCUAUUAGCUUAGAGGCUAAGAAUAGCUACUGCUAUCCCAGAGGCUAGGGAGAGCUAAUAUGUGUUGGAAAGAAAGAAAGCUAGGUAGAGCUACUAUUAGCCAUGAGGCUAGAAAACUGUGAAGAGCCGCUAUUAGCUGGGAGGCUAGGAGGAGCUACUGUUAGCUGGGAGGCUAGGAAGAGCUACUGUUAGCUGGGAGGCUAGGAGGAGCUACUGUUAGCUGGGAGGCUAGGAGGAGCUACUGUUAGCUGGGAGGCUAGGAAGAGCUACUUUUAGCUGGUCGUCUAAAAAGCGAGGAAGUGCUAUUGAUAGCUGUGAGGGUAUGAAUAGGUACUGUUAGCUGGGAGGCCAGGAAGAGCUAGUAUUAGCUGGGAUGCUAGGAAGAGCUGCUAUUAGCUCAGAGGCUAAGGCUAGGAGGCUAGGAAUAGCUACUGUUAUCCCAGAGGCUGGGAAGAGCUAAUAUUAGUUGGAAGGAUGGAAAGCCAGAUAAAGCUACUAUUAGCCGUGUGGCUAGAAAACUAGGAAGAGCUACUAUUAGCUGGGAGGCCAGGAAACUAGGAGGCUAGGAGGAGGUACUAUUAGCUACUAUGUUCUGUCGUCUCCUGAAUAUUGCUGAAAAGCCGCCUACAGAGGUCUGACUAGUUGAUCUCUCGUUUCUUGUGUGACUAAAGUUAAACGUUAAAGACGCUAGAACGUGUCUGACAUGUUGCGUCAGGCUACAACGAAGCUACAGAGUUGAUCUGAUGCAGAAGCAUUAAUCUAGUUUGACUCCUGAUUCAGUUUGAACCAUUUCUUUUGACCUAGUGACUCAUGAAAUGAGAUUUAGAGUCAUAUUUCUUCACUAGAUCCACUUUGACAGAAAAAGUAUUUUAAAAAAAAUGAAAACAAUCAUGAAUGAAGCAAUUCAAGACAUUUUAGGACGGAUGAGGUUCCAUUUGUCUCCUAACUUCAUGCCUGUUGCCCUGAACAUGUCAAGUAAUAAUAUAAAGGAGCUGUUUGACAUUUUUAGAAAAAAAAAAUUCUAGUUGAGACUUACAGAAGAAGAUUGAUGCCACUGAUCACAGUUUUAUUAUUCCACCAACUGUUUUUGUUUGUUUUAAGCUAAGCUAACCACCUGCUCGCUCUAGCCUCAGAGUUAACCUACAGACAUAAUUAUAGUUUCCAGCUUAAAUUAAACCAGUAAAGCUGCAGCUAAUUAGGGCUUGUUUGUAGGUUGGUAGGCUAGCUGUUUUCUCUUGUUUUAUGCUAAGCUAGGUUAACCACCUGCUAACUCUAGCGUAAGAGUUGACAUAUGGACAUGAGCAUGUAUGUCACCCAAAUUUAAAAAGUAAGGCUGGAGUUAAUUAGGAGUUUGUAGGUUAGUAGGCUAGCUAUUUUCCUUUAUUUUAAGCUAAGCUGAGCUAAACUCUAGCCUAAGAGUUAACAUGGUUAUAGCUUUCAGCCCAGAUUAAACCAGUAAAGUUAUUUAGGUGUUGUUGGUAGGUUGGUUGGCUAGCUGUUUUCUCUUGUUUUAAGCUAAGCUAAAUACCUUCUCAGAGUUAACAUACAGACAAACAUGGGUUACUGUCCAGAUUAAACCAGCAAAGAUGGACUUAAUUGUGCAUUGAUAGGUAGGUAGGCUAGCUGCUAGCUUCUAACCACCAGCUAGCUCUGCCUUCAAAGUUAACAUACGGAAACAAACAUUCAUAUUAAACCAAGGAUGGAGUUAAUUAUGCGUUGUUGGUAGGAUGGUAGGCUACAUUUGUUCCUUUGUUUUAAGCUAAGUUAAGCUUACCAACAAUUUUUUUCUUAUUUUAUGCUAAGCUAAAUUAAUCAACUGUUAGCCCUGCCUUCAAAGUUAACAAACAGACACAAUCAUUGAUUCCCAUCCAAAUUAACCCAGUAAAGCUGCAGUUACGGUAAGUUAAAGUAGGUUGGUUGGUUUUCCUUUGUUUCAUGCUAAACGAAGCUAACCACCUGCUAACGCUAGCCUCAGAGUUAACAUACAGAUAUGUGAGUUGUAUCAAUCUGUCCAGCUAAUUCUCAGCUACGAAUCUGGGAAACAUUUUUCUGUUAACAAACUAAAAAAGUAUCCAAAACAAAAAAAAAAAAAAAAAAAAAAAAAAACAACAUGCCCAGGAUGAAUCCAGAUGACCUGCAGAAAGUCUGAUUGUAACUCCCCUUCACUGCAUCAAAGAUGGCUGCUGGAGGUUCUGGCUCCCACUUCGUGCUGUAAAUGAAAGUCGGACAUUUUGUGACGUUUGAGUCGACCUGGACGUACUGUCGCCGUCCCACGUUUCUCCAGGCCUGUGAUGAAAAGCCUCUUUGUGAACUGCAUCGAUCAGCUCAGUGUGAAACUCAUCUGGUGGCUUUGUCAGUCCAAUGGAAGUUGCAUUUCAUCCAGGUUAGCUUCUUGCUGUACAACGCUUCUGCACACAUAGGCCAUGCACUGUAACUGCUCUGCUCCGGAGGAUGAAAUCCAACACACUUGGAGCACAAAAUAGCACUGCUGCUGUUGUGAAAACUGAAAAAAAAAAAUAAAAAUAAAUAAAAGAAUAAAAAGGUCUAUGGCAUCAUGAGGUUACGAUAGUUUGCCCACAUGUUUCAGUUUAUUCAAGUUAAACUUCAGAUUCAAUGUGAUUCUUACAGAAUAAAGGAGAGCGAUGACAUUUCUUUUAUCUCUGAGAAUCUGCGUCAGUAUUUUGUUUGUUGCUGGUAAUAAAACAUUUCACAGAUA